CGAGCCACAGAAGCAACAACAGUCCGGAGACACGCUGUAGUCCGCCUGUCGUCCCUUUAACUCACUAAAACUAACAAAGUCUGACUUAAACAGCAGCCAUGAAGCAGUACAGGAGUUUUGUCGUGUGGCUGCAACUUUUCUCAGCUUGUCUGGUGUUCGGUGUGAACGGUGAUUACUGUAAAAUAAACGUGUGCAGUAAUGGUGGAACCUGUGUGAUCGGGGCAGGAGCUCCGUUCAUCUGCAUCUGCCAUGAUGGCUUCUCUGGAGACACCUGCAAUGAGACUGAGACUGGGCCCUGCCACCCCAACCCGUGCAAGAAUGAUGCCACCUGCGAGUUGACGGGCCAAACCCGCCGCGGGGACGUCUUCAGCGAGUACGUCUGCCAGUGCCCGCCGGGCUUUGACGGAGUCCACUGCCAGACCAGUGUCGAAGGGGCAGAGUUAAGUUCGAGAAAAGACGUGAACGACUGUGCCGCCCAGCCAUGCAAGAACAGAGGCACCUGCAGGGACCUGGAGGGAGACUUCAAAUGCCACUGCCCGUCCCCUUAUGUGGGCAAACAAUGCCAACUGCGCUGCAUCUCUCUGCUGGGCAUGGAGGGGGGGGGCAUCGCUGAGUCCCAGAUCUCCGCCUCCUCAGUGCGGUACAGCAUGCUGGGUCUGCAGCGCUGGGGGUCCGAGCUCGCCCGCCUGCACAACAAGGGGAUCGUGAACGCCUGGAGCGCCGCCGCACACGACAAGAACCCGUGGAUUCAGAUCAACCUGCAAAGUAAGAUGCGCUUCACUGGUAUCGUGAUGCAGGGCGCAAGUCGCAUCGGAAGUGCUGAGUUUGUCAAGUCCUUCAAGGUGGCCUCCAGUCUGGAUGGCAAGACGUACACCAUGUACAGGACCGACGGACAGAGGAAGGACAAUAUAUUUGUGGGAAACGUGGACAACGACGGCACCAAGACCAACCUGUUCGACCCCCCCAUCAUCGCCCAGUUCAUCCGCAUCAUCCCUGUGGUCUGUCGCAAGGCCUGCACCAUGCGCAUGGAGCUGGUGGGCUGUGAACUCAACGGUUGCUCAGAGCCCAUGGGCAUGAAGUCCCGGCUGGUGACCAACCGCCAGAUCACGUCGUCCAGCGCCUUCCGCACCUGGGGCAUCGAGGCAUUCACCUGGCACCCCCACUACGCCCGUCUGGACAAACAGGGCAAGACUAACGCCUGGACCGCAGCCACCAACAACCAAUCAGAGUGGCUGCAGGUUGAUCUGGGGUCUACCAAGAAGGUCACAGGGGUCAUCACUCAGGGGGCCAAAGACUUCGGCUCCAUCCAGUUUGUCACAGCCUUCAAAGUGGCUUACAGUAAUGACGGGCGGUCCUGGACCAUCGUGAAGGACGAGACUACAAAGACAGACAGGAUCUUCCCAGGCAACAGCGACAACAACGUUCACAAAAAGAACAUCUUCGAGCCCUCGUUCUACGCCCGAUACGUCCGCAUCCUGCCGUGGGACUGGCACGAGCGCAUCACCCUGCGGAUGGAGCUCCUGGGCUGUGAAGAGUAGCCCCACACUGACCCCCCUCUUCCUCUCUCUACCUCCUCCCCCCCUUCCCUCUUCCUCCUCCUCCCCCCUUCCUCCCCCCUCCUGAGCCACACCUGCACUGCCUUGCUCUCAGCCCUAGGGGGCAGCAGACACCAGAGUAGCACAGCACCACCUGACCCUGGCUGGUUUGAAGGUGGGAGGUGUUACCCCUAACCACUGUUACCAGGGCGAUGACAGUUUACAGCCUCCCCUCUUUGUUUCCUGAAGUGAUCACUCUUCUUUCCACCUGAACCAAAUCUGUGAUCAUUCCAAGAAUCAAACGUUUCUCUUGAUUGUCACUGAGCACAGCUGAGGUCAGAUCAAACAAACAUGGCCCCCUCCCUCGUCCCUGGGUCAGAGGUCAGGGGUAACGGGACUGCUGCUGCUGCUGUAUCCGCUGGUGCUGCCUACACUCUGAUCCUAGAUCAGCUCUACCUGGAACAUUAAAACCUCUGAGACCCACGGCUGGUGAUGUACAUACUCCACCUGACAGCUUUCUCCAGUCCUAUAACCCAACCCUUCAAUCAAUUAUCUUCAUUGGAAACGCUUAUGGCUAAUCAAACAAUAUGAUUACAACUUGACAAGAAACCUUUAAUAUCUGGUAAGAAUUGUGUUGCUUUAGGUUGGAAACACUCACAAGCAAAUCCAAAACAUUUUUACAAGUAAAUUUGCUUUAUUUUUGGUACUGUUGAGUAAUAAUAAGUGACUCAGAAUCUCAACGCGUUUCACUAUUUCUACUAUUUCAUUGCAGAAGUUUAGAAAGUGAAAUGAAAACAUAAGAUCUACUCUAAAGCCAACAACAGAAAAUCCCACUAUUUACACAAAUCAUGUACAUAUGCAUAUUACAACCUGACGGCUUCAGGCCAAAUCAGGGCGAAGCCAUCCCUUUAUCCUGUGCCAACUGAACCUCAGAUUGUUUUUAUUUGUGUAGAAAAUAAUAGUUUAUGGUGAGCUGAUGCAGACAGAACAAAAGACUUGAACCAUCACAGUCAGUUAACAGCCAGCGGAGACGCCCUCUCUGACAGACAGGAUGUUAUAAACAAAACAGUUUGAGAUCAUCAUUAAACUAAAACACUUUAUUGCUCUUGAGGAAUGAACAAUAGCCGCUGAGGGACAUUUAACACGUGCUGCUGUCAUCGACAUCUUACAAAGGAUCUUUAGAAGUCUUAUUCAUUCAGAUAAUUGUUUUCAUUACACUGUCGCAGUCUUCAUUUGUCAUCGGCUGAGACGGCACAUGUGUAUCAGAUUCCAUGAGGUGGGUUAUUUAAAAAACAAACAAAAAAAGCCACGUUUCUGGUCAGUUUACAGUUAACAAGGCUCCUCUCCAACAGGCUGUGGAGAUUCUUUGGAUCAGAUCUGGACACUUGAAGUAUUCAAUCAAAAAUAACUUCAGUGUCGUGUUUGUUACUAAUUGGUUGGCAUCAUACAGGGAAGAGAUUGACGCUAGCUGCAGAUUUAAAAAGAAUGGUGGGUGUUAUCGUCUCAGGUCAAAACAGAUCUGCUCCUAUUGUACAGUAAAUGCUACUGAAACCUAUCAAUACACUCACUCACACACACACACACACACACGCACACGCACACGCACACAAACACACUGCUUUGCUUCUUGUGUUCACCGGUUUUUUAUGGCACUUUGAUGUUUGUGUUUUGACAUUUGUAAUAUCCCAAAAAAAAGUUAUUGUUGAAGAACAAGCAGUAAACAUUCAUUAUUACAAACUAUUACAAAAAGAAGAAAAAAUAUACUUGCAGUUCAGUUUUUUUUGUUUUACAUUAAACUGCGCUUUACGACCUAGCUUUGGUUGUGUUUUUGUAAAUAUGUGAGCUGCAUUUAAACAGUUAUUUUGUAUUACAAUCUGUCCAUGUUAGUAGAUGUUAUUGUUCGAUGCAGACCAGUUCUUCAGGGGCCGACAUUUAGCCUCCAGUAGAAAGCUGAGGCCCCGCUGAUAAGACGAGAGAAACCAAAUUAAAACUGAUUUUUUACGGUUCCGUCGGACAUGUGACACGAACCUUCAUAUCUGCUUCUGCCGCCCCCCCCCCGCCGCCACAGUAUUCUAAACCUUUCCACCCCAUGAAUUAUGAAUAAUGGGCUUGUGCAAUAUUAUACUGUGUUAGUUUUGAUAACAAUGAAUAUUAAUUCAAGCCCCUUUAAAAAAUGCAUGAGGGGAUAGCGGUGCCACUGAGAGGGCGAGGAAGGAUGCUUGUGUCAAACACUGUUCAAUAUUUAUUAUUGUUGCAGACGCUUCCACGUUCCCCACGUCUGCAUGCAUUUUGUUGACUAGUGUUACAACCGAUUUCUGAAUUUAUUGGUGACAUAGCUUCAUUUUCUUCUCGGUGUUCAUCAACAUUCAAAGUAUUGUAGAUAUAUUGUUUCCCAGGUGUUCAGGUUUUCUAUUAUUGAUCAAAAGAUAUUCAUGUUUUUAUGGUAUUGUAUGAGUUCAUUUCAAGAUUCCUUUAUGUUUGGCCUUUGUAUGUUAAAAUGAAGAAUAAAUAAAGAAUUUAAAACAUA